CUGUCAGAACCGGAGCAGCGGAUCCGCGGUAGUAGGUAAUUUUUUGAGCACCGUACGUUGGUUCGCUCGGGUUUCAUCGUCGCGCUCAUUGUCGUCACAGGACGUGGUCGGGCACGGGCACGGACGGCGAGUUCCCGGGUGGCAAAUUUCCCGUGAGGAGUGGUGUAGAGUCAUAUCGAACGAGUGCGGAGCGAAGCGGUACCCGUCGUGCAUUUUCGUUAAAGGAGUCGUUCCUUGGCCGUCCUCUCGAUCCUGUUAUGCGGUGAACAAUCGGCAGGUAUUAUUGCAUAUAAUAACGGUGACGCUCACUCGACAAGCAUACAGGAACAGGAUGUCAGGCCACAGAGGCGGAGGGGCUGGAAGUCAUCAAGGUGGUCCCCCAGGCCUUAAGCAGAUCGAUUUGGAUCAGAUCUGGGGUGAUCUGCGCGAGGGCAUAGAACAGGUCUACAAUCGGCAGUGUAUGUCGAAGCCGAGAUACAUAGAGCUCUAUACACAUGUAUAUAAUUACUGCACCAGUGUUCAUCAGCAGUCAACCAGGACUUCGACGAAGAGCAAAAAGGGACAGAUUCAGCAAGGAGGUGCACAGCUGGUUGGCUUGGAGCUGUACAAACGUUUGCGUGACUUUCUUAGAAAUUAUCUAAUUAGUUUGCUGAAGCACGGGGUGGAUUUGAUGGAUGAGGAUGUGCUCCAAUUCUAUACGAGACAGUGGGAGGAAUAUCAGUUCAGUAGUAAAGUGUUAAACGGCGUAUGUGCGUACCUCAAUCGCCACUGGGUGCGAAGAGAGUGUGAGGAAGGUCGCAAAGGGAUUUAUGAAAUUUACCAAUUAGCCUUGGUCACUUGGCGAGAUAAUUUAUUUAGACAUUUAAAUAAACAGGUUACUAAUGCCGUGCUGAAAUUAAUCGACAGAGAACGCAACGGCGAGACGAUAAAUACUCGAUUAGUCAGCGGCGUCAUCAAUUGUUACGUAGAAUUGGGUUUGAACGAGGAAGACCCGGGUGCAAGGGGGCAAAAUUUAACAGUGUAUAAAGACUCGUUUGAGAAUAUCUUUCUGGAGGAUACGGAGCGAUUCUACACGAAUGAAAGUCUCGAAUUUCUUAGACAAAAUCCUGUUACAGAAUACAUGAAAAAGGCGGAACAGAGAUUGUUAGAAGAACAGAAGCGAGUGCGCGUUUACCUUCAUCAGACGACUCACGAGCGAUUGGCAAAGACGUGCGAGAAAGUACUUAUCGAGAAACAUCUGGAUAUAUUCCACGCUGAAUUUCAAAAUCUUUUGAAUGCUGAUAAGAAUACGGAUUUGGGUAGAAUGUACCAGCUAGUUGCAAGAAUACCAAAUGGCCUUGGGGAAUUGAGAAAUCUUUUAGAAAGUCAUAUCGCCAAUCAAGGUCUUGCAGCUAUAGAUAAGUGCGGAGACUCGGCAGCUAAUGAUCCGAAAAUUUAUGUGAACACGAUCUUGGAGGUGCAUAAAAAGUAUAAUGCUUUAGUACUGGUCGCAUUUAACAAUGAUAGCGGCUUUGUUGCUGCGCUGGACAAGGCUUGCGGACGGUUUAUCAAUAGCAAUUCCGUCACGAGGGCAGCAAACAGCAGCAGCAAGUCACCUGAAUUACUUGCCAAAUAUUGCGAUCUGCUGCUUAAAAAGAGUAGUAAAAAUCCGGAAGAGGCGGAACUUGAAGAUACUCUUAAUCAAGUUAUGGUAGUUUUCAAAUAUAUUGAAGACAAAGAUGUCUUUCAAAAAUUCUACAGCAAGAUGUUAGCCAAACGAUUGGUCCAACAUAUGUCUGCUAGUGACGACGCAGAGGCUUCCAUGAUCUCAAAGUUAAAACAAGCUUGUGGAUUUGAGUACACUUCAAAAUUACAACGCAUGUUCCAGGACAUUGGUGUUUCAAAGGAUCUGAACGAGCAAUUCAGGAGGCACUUAACAAAUUCUGCCGAGCCUUUAGAUAUAGAUUUCAGUAUACAAGUUUUGUCUUCUGGUUCAUGGCCAUUCCAACAGUCUUUUACAUUUUCUUUGCCGACCGAGCUGGAAAGAUCUGUACAUAGGUUCACUACUUUCUAUAGUUCACAGCACAGUGGCAGAAAGUUAAAUUGGUUAUAUAAUAUGUCCAAAGGGGAGCUACAUACAAAUUGUUUUAAGAACAGAUACACGUUGCAAGCAUCGACUUUCCAAAUGGCGGUUCUGUUAGCGUACAAUGGCGCUACAUCGUGGACAAUACAACAGCUGCAAUUUGCAACACAGAUAAAGAUGGAUUUUUUACUACAGGUUAUUCAGAUACUCUUGAAAGCCAAGCUUUUAACCGCAGCUAGCGAUGAUGUAGCUGAACUGACCCCGUUAUCGACGGUAGAACUUUUUACGGGAUACAAGAACAAAAAAUUAAGGGUAAAUAUUAAUAUACCGAUGAAGACGGAGUUGAAGGUUGAACAGGAGACUACGCACAAACAUAUAGAAGAAGAUAGGAAACUUUUAAUUCAGGCAGCAAUUGUUAGAAUUAUGAAAAUGCGGAAAGUAUUGAAGCAUCAACAGCUGGUGGCGGAAGUAUUGAACCAAUUGAGCUCUAGAUUCAAACCCAGAGUGCACGUCAUUAAGAAAUGUAUAGAUAUUUUAAUUGAAAAAGAAUAUUUGGAACGCACAGAAGGUCAAAAGGACACUUACAGCUAUCUGGCAUGAUCAGGCCAACGAUACAGCAACAAAAACAAAAUAAAAAUAACAUACAUACACACUCAUUCACCCAUCCACUCUCAUUUAUAUACUACGUAUCAGACUUAUUUAUUUAAGGUUUCAAAUAUAAUUCCCUAUUUUUAUUCUGUACAUGAAUACCUUUGUACCAUACUGUCAUUCUGGUCGCAUUUAGAAAGUCUGGCUUUUUAUAUAUCUCUUAAAAGAUAUAUGGGUACAGCGUAAAAGAUGUUAAUAAAAUUAUUUCGUAAUUAUUAGUCAAUGCUAGGUGUGUUACUGUCUGUGCUGGUUUUUAAAACAAGGCGAAUACCGCUUUGCUAUAGUGUCACAAGCAUCAUUUAAGAUUUUAGAUAAUCUAUAGAGAAUUACAUAAAAAUUAUACAAAAAAAAAGAAAAAUGUAUUUUCAUUGCAUUAUUAACACCAAUAUUUUCCAGUCUUGUAACUGAAGAUAUUGAGAAUAAUUUAUUUUUUACAAACUGAAAGGAGCGUGUUGUAAAUGUGGAGAAAAUAAAAGAAAUGUUAUGUCCACUAUGAUAUAUAUAAAGAAAGAUUAUUAUAAAUUGUAAUUGGUUAUACGAAAAGAAUCAACUUCAUACCUACACACACAUUACACAAACAAGAAAAUGUAUAAUAAAAGAAUGUACAAAAUUUUUGCGAGCACAUAGAUAGUAAUGCAUUUUAGCAAAAAAAAAGUCCAACUUUUACAAUAGACAUAUAUAAGCCAGAAAAUUUUAUAACAAUACAUGUAAAAUUCGAUCAUAAUCAUAGCAAUUCGAAUGUUUUUGCGCGAUAGCAUAAUUACGUCAACUCUGCAUGUCCUAGAUAGAAUAUUUGAAAUUACAAGAAUAAAUCUGCUUAAGACU